CUACAUAUAUAUUUGUAGUUCAGAGUGUUCAUGGUAGUCAGAUAUUUUUUUGUUGUGUUUUUUAAAUGAUUGCUGUCUUUUUGUUUCUUAACUAGAUUUUCGUUCUGAAAUUGUCUAAUGGGAAUCAAACAAACUCAACUAGAUGCAAUUCAGUGAUCAGCACUUGAAAGGGUUAAGAAUCGCAGGCCCCCCCCACCACACACACUCACAGAGGCAAACCCACACAUGUGACAAGUGACAGGCGUCGAGGAAGUGGAUGUAUGAAAUCGUAUGACACCUCACUGGCGGGCCACAGAGUCCCUCUCCAGCACCACCAUGAUAAACACCUACCAGACAAGCGCGUUUCCACCCCAGCCACCGCCGCGGUGCACCAGCCUGCCAACCGAACACCUGGCCCCCAGACGGGGCCCCACCAGGGCUGUGGUCCGGGUGUUAGGGCUGGUCGUGGUGCUCCACCUGCUCCUGUCUUGUGGAGGAUUCUACUAUUUGUACACUGGCAGAAUGAUCUCUCCACUUGAGUCUGCGAAACCCAAUGAGGAGGGCAAAAUUUCCGCUCGAACUUCCGAGCGACGCUCAGAGAAAGCGUCCCCCAAGGCCAUGGCGGGCAUGACAGUCAAGAGACCACCGAGCGAUGCUACGAGCACACCUUCACGUAGUGGUGGUGACUUGCAAUACCUGCAGUGGAACAUGGAUCACUCCAUUCUGAAGAACGUAGGCUACUACUGGGCCAGCUGGCUGAAGGUGCAGCAUCCCGGAGACUACUACGUCUACGCCCGGGUCAGCUUCUCCGGGGGAGGCCAGCCGGGCAUGCCCCUGGUCAGCAUGGUCAGACGGAAGCACAACGAGACGGGCAAGCCCCAUGACCUGAUGAAGGCAUAUUGCAGCCUGGGGAACCACAACACGGGCCAGUGCACGGCCUCGCAGGGGCAGGUACUGAGCCUGCAGGUGGGGAACCUGCUGGGCGUGUGGGUGGAGAACCACAAAUGGGUAGACUACGAGAGAGGAGCCACCACGUUUGGAAUGUUUAAGCUGUAGGACGCCUCCUAGCGCUUUGUAACGUCCGGUCUGUGGUGUCCAAUAGGAGGGGACAUCAACUAUUUAUAAAGACUUGAUGAAUGCAAUUUUAUGGCCAAGCAAUGUAGGAGCUUCUUGCUCUUUUUUUUUAUGGAUACCUAAUACCAGAUGAUGUGUAUUUUAAUUUAUUUAUAAGAAGUGCUUUUCAUUUUAUGAGAAAGGAUGUUUUUUUUUUUUAUUAUAUUUAUAAAUGUGUGUUUGAUCUAAAAGCCCAGUCGUUGUUUUUCUUUAAACAUGUGAAAACCGAAUUAAAAUAUAGCGACAAACAGUCAUAGUCAACUGAAGUUGGCUCACUAAACACAGAUUACAAACCAAUAUGGAUAAAUGCCCCCAUGCAAGUUUUUCUCUGGGGCAGAUCACAUUUUAAAAUAAGCGUUGUAAGACACUUGAGACAUGUGAAUAGAAGUGAUACUUAAUUGUCCAUGGUCUCAUUCCAGUAUUACUAAUCUCCUCAGUUUACCUUCAGUGUCAAUAUGCAGACCUUACACCCUCAAAAAGCUAUUUCAUCUACAAAAAGUCCUUUGUCAACUUUACUAAAACAAUUCAUUGUAAGACGUGAAUAAAUAGUGGAAGGCUCAAACCCGUCAAAAAAACUGCAGAAGCCUCUUUCUCUAGCGAGGGGGUAGCGGUGUAGAAGCGAUGCAUGCACAGGAAGUCCUGAGCUGUCGUCGGCUCAGCUACCUACUCUUUUUGUGACUAGCGAGCUGUGAUGGGUUUUCAAUUGAACAUGCACGUCGCUUACUACGGCUACACUGAUCCCUUUAUGUAUAAUCUAAGAGACACAAUCCAUAGGAUUCAUUUGCAUUUCUUUGUAAUUUGUUUUAUUAAAAGAAUGGCCAUAAUGACACAUGAUGUAGGGUAGAGAGUCUACAAAAAAAAAGCAUUACAAUACUUGUAACAAUAGGAUUUGCAUAGAACAAUUUUCUUUUCAAAAUAGCCCAAAGCUCUACUGGACACGUGGGGGUUCUUGAUAAACAAUGUGGACGUACUUGACCCCCCCCCCACAAACUCCUCUGUUCCACAACUAAGUGCUCACUGAGGUUACUUUGACCUUAAACACAGCAGCAAAGGAGAACGCAUAGGUCAGUGAAAAAAGUUGAGAUGGUAUAAGGAGCUUUAUGCAUUACGACACUUACAGACCGCUUUACAGGCGAAACAAUGUGGACCGUGUCUGGAACACGUCAGAA